AUGGCAGCAAUGUCAUCCGCUCAGAUAGUAUCAGCUACUGCUAUACACAACAAGUUGGGCCUGCCAGGAAUUCCCCGUCCUACAUUUCCUGGUUUUUGGCCAGGAAUGAUACAAACAGGGCAGCCGGGAUCCUCACAAGAUGUAAAGCCAUUCGUUCAGCAGGCCUAUCCUAUUCAGCCAACAGUCACAGCUCCCAUUUCAGGGUUUGAGCCUGCAUCAGCUCCAGCACCCUCAGUUCCCGCUUGGCAGGGUCGAUCCAUUGGUACAACCAAACUCAGACUGGUGGAAUUCUCAGCUUUUCUUGAACAACAGAGAGACCCAGAAUCAUACAACAAACACCUCUUUGUGCACAUUGGACAUGCCAACCAUUCUUACAGUGACCCGUUGCUUGAAUCGGUGGACAUUCGUCAGAUUUAUGACAAAUUUCCUGAAAAGAAAGGUGGUUUAAAGGAACUGUUUGGGAAGGGCCCCCAAAAUGCCUUCUUCCUAGUAAAAUUCUGGGCUGACUUAAACUGCAACAUUCAAGAUGAUACAGGAGCAUUUUAUGGAGUAACUAGCCAAUAUGAGAGCUCAGAAAACAUGACAAUCACCUGUUCCACCAAAGUCUGCUCAUUUGGAAAGCAAGUAGUAGAAAAAGUAGAGACGGAAUAUGCAAGGUUUGAGAAUGGCCGGUUUGUGUACAGAAUAAACCGCUCUCCAAUGUGUGAAUAUAUGAUCAACUUCAUACACAAGCUCAAGCAUUUACCAGAGAAAUAUAUGAUGAACAGUGUAUUGGAAAAUUUUACAAUUUUGUUGGUUGUAACAAACAGGGAUACACAAGAAACCCUACUCUGCAUGGCUUGUGUAUUUGAAGUUUCGAACAGUGAACAUGGAGCACAACAUCACAUCUACAGGCUUGUAAAGGACUGA